UAAAACUAAGAGAGCAAAAAGAUUUCUUGAGAAGAGAGAACCCAAACUUAAAGAAAAUACAAAAAAUGCUAUGCUCAUAAAAGGAGGAAAUGCAAACUUAACAGUGACUGAAGUGCUUAAAGACAUUUAUGCUGUGAAGAAGCCUUUUGCUGUACUGUAUAAAAAGAAAAAUAUUACUAGGCCUUUUGAGGAUCAAACAUCAUUGGAAUUUUUUUCCAAGAAAUCAGAUUGUUCUUUGUUUCUGUUUGGCUCUCAUAACAAGAAGCGACCUAACAACCUGAUAAUAGGUCGCAUGUUUGACUAUCAUGUCCUAGACAUGAUUGAGCUAGGCGUUGAGAAGUUUGUAUCCCUAAAAGAUGUUAAGAACAGUAAAUGUCCUGAAGGAACAAAACCUAUGUUGAUAUUUGCUGGUGACAUGUUUGAUGUAAAUGAAGAAUACAGAAGACUGAAGAGCCUUCUUAUUGAUUUCUUCAGAGGUCCUAGCGUGCCCAGUAUCCGUCUGGCUGGUUUAGAGUAUGUUUUGCAUUUCACAGCUGUAGAUGGGAAAAUUUACAUGCGAAGCUAUAAGGUGCUUCUGAAGAAAUCUGGCUGUAAAAUACCAAGAAUUGAACUGGAAGAGAUGGGACCUUCCUUAGACCUCGUUAUGAGGAGGACACAUUUAGCUUCAGAUGACCUUUAUAAGCUAUCUUUAAAACAACCAAAAGCCCUGAAGCCUAAGAAGAAAAAGAAUAUCUCCCAUGAUGUGUUUGGUACAACUUACGGUCGAAUCCACAUGCAGAAGCAAGAUCUUAGUAAACUGCAGACGCGAAAAAUGAAAGGGUUAAAAAAGAGGCCAGCAGAGAAGUCAGCUGAAGAUGGUGGGGUUAGUCCCAAAAAGUCAAAAUCAGCUUGAUAGUCUGGAACAGCUUUGAAAACUCUUUGUACCUUCAAAGAUAGUAUAUAUAUUGUAAUAUAACUGUGUCAGGCAUAAAAGAUUCAGCAGCUGUUAGUUUUAUAUAAAAAUCUUUUUAAUCAUUGGUUAUUUUAAAGGGAACAUGGGGGUAUUGAGCUUUAACAUGGAACUUGGUUAUUUAAAAUAAAAAAUGUGAUAUAACUUGCUUAGUUUUCC